CAGUGGCACAGCAUGGAAUUCCACUUUGUACAACCCAGCACAUACCAGCCUGCAGCACACAGCAGGUCCCAGGUUGUUCUGUGGCAUUCAGUGACCAGCACCUUCCUAUCUGUAGUGUGCCUCCUCCAAUGCUUCAGGCAUGCUCAGUCCAACAUCUACCAGUACCGUAUGCAGCAUUCCCACCUCUGAUUUCUAAUGAUAAUGAUCCAUUCCUUUUGCAUCCUUCUCACCUCUCUCCACAUCACCCAUCUCAUCUGACACUUCCAGGGCAAUUUGUUCCCUUCCAAGCACAGCAGCCACGUUUGCCACUUCAAAGGAUAGACAAUGAAGUAGAACUGUUUGGAGAACAUCUUCCUAUAGGAAGCUUUACCUACCCUCCAUCAACUCAUCCACCAACAUUGACUUCCUCAGCUCCUUUCCAGUUCUUAUCCCAUGAUCCUUUACACCAAGAAGUUUCAUUUGGAGUUCCUUACACACCUUUUAUGCCUCGAAGACUCACAGGACGCAGUAGAUACCAAUCACAGCAAACAAUACCACCACAUCCAUACCAUUCCAGCCUAUUACCAUAUGUGCUAUCAGUGCUUCCAGUGUCACCUGCAGUUGGACCAGCUUUCAGUUUUGAGUUGGAUGUGGAAGAUGGAGAAGUGGAAAACUACGAGGCACUGCUGAAUUUGGCAGAACGUCUAGGAGAAGCCAAACCUCGAGGACUGACAAAGGCAGACAUAGAACAGCUUCUAUCUUACAGGUUCAAUCCAAACAACCACCAAUCGGAACAGACGUUGUAAGUACACCUAUCUCAAAUUUGCAUACUUUACAUGACUGUGUUUCCAUUCCUUUAG